AUGGAUAAUGAAGAAGUUAACGAAGAAUGUAUGAGAUUAUUUUUCAAGAACGCUCGUGCGCAUCUGGAUAAACAUCUAACAUCAAGGUUGACAUGCGAUGAAAAUGCAUAUAUCACGUUCAGAUGCUUCCUGGAUGGAAUACAUCGCAAAUCUACUAGGUUUCUCGAAGAGCUACUUUUGAAACAAGAAAAUAUGUACCAUAAUAACAAUUACGAACGCAUAAAUGAUUCCGUGAUACCAUUGGUUCUGAAACUUUUAUGGCUUCAAAUUCACGAACCUACACUCCAAUGGUUUGAGCACUGGUUCCAUGAUAUCAUGCGACUAAGUAACAGAAGAAAGUUCAGAGUUUUUAGAAUUUUUCAAAAAAAAAUGAUUCAAUUUUUCAAAAUUACACACAGGUAUUACUAUGACAUCAUCGAACACCUAUGCGCAAAGUACGAUAUGAAUUCCGUUAUUUCAAAUGCUCUCUUCGCGAAGUUGAAUUUAAUGCAAUACACAGAUGGACUUUCAACUCAUGAGAAAAUUAUCUUAAACACGAGUAAUCCACUGACGUUUUCCAUUGUAAUCUCACUACAAAGAUGCGUGAUUAAUCUAGGUUCCACACAUUUUUAUAAAACACUACUAAACAAGCCGUCUAACAAACCCAAGAGUGUGGAAGGUUUUGAGAAGUCUAUUAGGUACUUGAAUAUUGCCUCACUCUAUCUCCCAGCCGUUGGAGAUACUUAUUUUCAACGAGCGAAAAUUUACUUGAUCACUGGGAAAUUCUCACUGUAUUUCUUUGAAUUAGUAAGAGGAGCAUUGGUAAGGAUUCCGUCUAAAUGUGCGUUAAACAAUUUGAAAGAUUUCAUUUUGACUCCUGAUUUUCCGGAAAGAAGACGUCUGAUGAAAAAAUUGGCAAUUCUUGUGUCAAAAGAUCUCAAAGGUGAGAAAUCAUUCUUUGAAGGUCAAAUUGUUUUGCAAUUUCUAUCGAUAGUAGAACACACUUUGGUUCCACAGUCAUGGAACGCAUCACGUGCUUCUAAUUGUUGGUUAUUGAAAGAGCAUUUACAAAUGGCUGCAUUAAAGUAUCAUUCAGGUAAUAUUAAUGUUAUACUUGAAAACUUGGCUGCCACAAUGGGAAGUUUCGAUCUUAUGUUUACAACUCGAAAAAGUAAGGAACAAAAGAACAAACUCAAAUAUGCAGAUUUGAGUGAGCGCCAGGUUUUUUUUUUAGACUUGAGCUUUGAUUUUAUUGCUAAUAUCAUAGACGUCGUCAUCAAACCCUCCUGGCAAAAAAACAUGGAAGACUUUCGAUAUCUAGCCAUUAUUCGUUUGCUUAUGUGCUGGAUUAAGUCAUAUAGAUCUAUUUUGCAGUACACUCACAGACACAGGAAGUUUUGCACUUCAUUCGCCUUGUUGCUGAACGACUUGAUAAAUAGUCCACUGAAUUGUUCAGGAAAUAUAUAUAGCCACAGGCCGAAAAGAAGCUAUCUUUUUAGAGAAGAUAUUAUUUUCAGGGAAUUUUCUUGCAUUAACUUUGCACUAACAGAUUUUAAUGACGAUUAUGUGUAUGAUUCUCCCGACAUGAUUAAUAAUAUAAUUGGAUGCCCUACAUUGACUAAAGUGCUUUCUCCAAAAGAAGAAUGUGUUCUGCGAAUUAGAUCAAUAAUAUUUUCUGGCAUGAAAUUUUUAGAGAAAAAUGACACCGGCGUCAUAUGGAAUGCCAGCAAAUAUAAGUUUGAUUUAAUAAGCCCAAAUAUUAAAAUAAAACGCCAAAUAGCAUUAUCGGAAAUUUCCUCCAAAAUAAAUGUAAAAACACAACAGGAAAGAGUAGUCUCUUCGAGAAAAGUUGAGGCCAAAAGAGAUGAACAACAGCGCAAAAGAGCCGGGAAAAUAGCUGUGACAGAACUGGAAAAACAAUUUGCAAAUGUCCGGAGAACAAAAAAAUUGUCUCCGCUCCCAGAAAAAGAUGGCGUUUCUUCUGAGUUGGUAAAACAUGCUGCUUCACGAGGGAGAAAAACUAUCACUGGCCCACUAUCCUCUGAUUUUCUCUCAUAUCCAGACGAAGCAAUUGAUGCUGAUGAGGACAUCACCGUCCAAGUGCCAGAUACUCCUACUUGA